AUGGCGAAGAAGAAAGCCGGAAAAGACACGUCUAAAGCUGCAGCGAAGGCUGCAAAGAAGGCGAAAGCGGCUCAGAAAGUCGAGAAAAAAGAGAAGAAGAAAGCCCCGAAAUCAAAGGACGAAGAAGAUGACGAUCAGGACCUGGAGGGGAUCCUCGAUCAGUAG